AUGACGGACAAGACGUUUACGCUCAACAACGGACUGCCCAUCCCGGCGCUGGGUCUCGGCACAUGGCAGUCUGCUCCGGGCGAAGUAGCAGCUGCCGUGGAGCACGCCCUCACGGCCGGCUACCGGCUCAUCGACGGCGCGUACUGCUACGGCAACGAGGACGAGGUCGGCCAGGGCAUCCGGGCAGCCAUCGCCAAGGGCGUCGUCACGCGUGCCGACAUCUUUGUCGUCUCCAAGGUCUGGGCCUCGUACAACACGCGCGUCGAGCUGGGGCUGGACAAGAGUCUCCGGCUGCUUGGCCUCGACUACGUCGAUCUCUAUCUGGUGCACUGGCCGCUGCUGCUGAACCCCGGCGGCAACGAUGAGUGCUUCCCGAAGCUGCCCAACGGCGAGCGCGACAUCAUCCGCAGCCACAACCACGUCGACACCUGGAGGCAGAUGGAGGCCGUCCUGAAAACGGGCAAGACCCGGUCUGUCGGUGUGAGCAAUUACAGCAAACGCUAUCUCGAACAGCUGCUGCCACACGCCACCGUCGUCCCGGCCGUCAACCAGAUCGAGAACCACCCGGCACUGCCACAGCAGGAGAUUGUCGACCUCUGUCGCGAACGCGGCAUCCACAUCAUGGCCUACAGCCCGUUUGGCAGCACGGGCGGCCCGCUCUUCACGGCCGAGCCGAUCGUCCAGACAGCCGCCAAACACGGCGUCGAGCCAGCCACAAUCCUGCUGAGCUACCACCUGGCUCGCGGCAGCACUGUCGUGCCCAAGUCGGUCACGCCGGCCCGCAUCGACGCCAACCGCAAGAUCGUCACGCUCGAUGGCGCCGACCUGCAGCUGCUCAACGACUACUCCGACGGCCUCGACAAGGCCGGCAAGCUGCAGCGCUUCGUCUACCCGCCCUUUGGCAUCGACUUUGGCUUCCCGGACAAGUCGUGA